AUUUGUGUGUUGCCAACAGAUGGCGCUAUUUCAGAAGAUGGCGACCACCAUGCAUGACUAAAUACGCAAUAGAAAGAAUACCCCCUCAGGACAAAACACCAACAAGUUUUAGGCCGCUGCUGCAAGGGACGUAGCCCUUCGUCAGUGCAGCCCCUCCGACAAGCUAGUCAUGGAUCCCGCAGUGGUUGCCACCGUGCUGGACGCGCUGACCCGCGCAGCCAGUCAGGACACAGCCAUCCUCAAACCGGCCGAACAGCAGUUGAAAUCGUGGGAGACUCAGCCAGGGUUCUACUCGGUGCUGCUGACCAUCUUCUCCAACCACAGCCUGGAUGUCAACGUCAGGUGGCUGGCCGUGGUGUACUUCAAGAACGGCCUGGAUCGCUACUGGCGGAAAACCGCAUCCAACGCAAUCCCAGAGCCAGAGAAAACCAAAAUCCGAGAGCAGCUCAUCAUGAACUUCCGAGAGCCCGUAGGACCCAUCGCUACUCAGCUCGCGGUCCUAAUCAGCAAGAUUGCCCGCGCCGACUGCCCCCGCAACUGGCCCGAGCUCAUCCCCACGCUACUGGCCAACAUACGGAGGCCGGAGCAUCUCGAACAACAGAGGGCUCUGCUGACCUACCACCAUGUCAUCAACAUGCUAGCUGGGAAGAGGCUGGGCCCGGACAGGAAGCUCUUUCAAGAGCUUACGGCCAGCACGUUUGCCUUCCUGUUUGAGCUAUGGAACAGUCACUUGGAGGGAUUCCUGCACCACGCUAGUCUAGAUGACCAUCACAACAUGGCGGUCCUGCUAGAACUGAGCACUCUAGCUCUGAAAGUUCUACGUAAACAGAUUAUUUAUGGUAUGACAGAACCAGAGAAAAACACUGAUGCAAUGAUGCUCAUACAGCUUGUGUUCCAGAGAAUAAGACCAGUUUUAGAAAUAAGAGGCAAGACUCCGCCAUCAAACAAUCUGAGGGAAAAGAUGGAGAAGAAAAUCCUCCUUAUGAUGAAAAUGUUGCUAGACAUACAAGACACUUUCCCUCUGUCCUACGUCGCAUUCAUCCCCCAGUCCCUGGAGCUGAGUGUCUCCUACGUCUUCACCGAGGCCGGCAAGGGGCUGCUCUUUGAGCGCUUCAUCGUCCAGAACAUGAACCUCAUCAAGAGCAUCGUCAAGUGUGACUACUACCGCGUGUCAAAGGUCAUUGAGGAGACCAAGGAGCAGGGGGCCAUUGAUGCCCACAAGGCAAAGAAUGAGUUCUUCACAGACAGCACACUACGAGAGAUGUGCCACAGGCUGCUGUCACAGUACUUCCUAUUAACACAGGAGGAUUUAGAAAUGUGGGAGAAUGAUCCCGAGGGCUUUACCAUUGAUGAAGGAGGGGAGUCCUGGAAAUUCACAUUGAGGCCGUGUACUGAGGUCUUAUUCCUGGCCAUGUUCCACGCGUACCGGGACGUCUUCACUAGUGUGCUUCUACAGAUGGUACAAAGUGUUCAAGGUAUCGUGGAGCCAACCAACAUGGAGAUGAUGCUGCAGAAAGAAGCAGUGUACAAUGCAAUGGGGCUGGCAGCAUUUGAGCUAUUUGAUGAGGUUGAUUUUGAUCAGUGGUUCACUAACCACCUACUGGGGGAACUUGGUGAUAAAAAUCCAAGAUACAAGAUCAUCAGAAGGCGUGUCAUCUGGCUAAUAGGCCAGUGGCUGGGGGUUAAGCUCGCCCCCAGUCUGCACCCUACCGUCUACCAGGCUGUCUUACCCCUACUGGCUGAGGACGAAGACCUGGUGGUCAGGAUAACAGCCGCUCAGACGCUCAAGAUUGCUGUUGAUGAUUUUGAGUUCAAGAAGGACAACUUUCUACCGUAUCUGGAGUCCAGCUUUGCUCUUCUCUUCCAAUUAUUAAAACAGGUGUCGGAGUGUGACACAAAGAUGCACAUCUUACAUGUCUUGUCUUUCAUCAUUGAAAGAGUGGAAGCCCAGAUCAGGCCGUAUGCAUCCAGUUUGGCCCAGUACCUGCCCCUGUUGUGGGAGGAGUCAUCAGAGCACAACAUGCUGAGGUGUGCGAUACUCUCCACAUUGGUGCACCUUGUCCAGGGCCUGGGUACGUUGAGCGUUCAGCUCUACCCCUUCCUUCUUCCCAUCAUUCAGUUCAGCACUGACGUCUCCCAGCCCCCUCAUGUCUAUCUCCUGGAUGAUGGUAUCGAUCUCUGGUACGAAACCAUCCAGAACGCGCCCACGAUGACCAAAGAACUCUUGCAGCUGUUUGGCAACAUGCCAGCACUACUAGAACUGGGAUCGGAAAAUCUCAAGACGUGUUUCCAGAUCAUUACAGCAUAUGUACUUUUAGGACCGAAUGAGUUUAUGCAGAGUUACUCGGGGGCUGUCUUCGCAGGUUGCGUCAGCCUCCUAGACAACGUCAGACCAGAGGGAAUUGUCAUCGUAAUGAAGCUGGUGGAGACAAUAUUCAAGAUGUUUCCCGUCGAGGGCCCACAGAUAUUUAGGCAAGUACUUCAGAAGGUGUUUCAGAGAAUACUAGACAAAGAGGAGUACCCUACAGUGAUGUCCAUGUACCUGUCGGUCAUCGCUAGAAUCAUCCUCAAGAAUCAGUCCUUCUUUUUCUCCUUCCUACAGCAAUAUAGUCACUUAACCAAUGAGCAGCCGGAUGAGAUUUUGAGCAAACUUCUGGUGGUCUGGUCAGAGAAGAUGGACUGGAUUACUCAGGCUGAACGGCGGAAGCUGAGCGCUCUGGCUCUCAUGGCGUUACUACCCUCAAACUCAAGGGUCGUCACAGAGAAAUUUCCCGAUGUUAUCUAUGCCGUGGUGGAAGUCCUUCACGAUGUGUGCAGAGAAGAAAAUGGCUCUCAAGUAGAUUACCUAGUAAUGGGGGACAGAGAGGAUCUAGAAGAUGAAUAUGAGACUGAAAACGACAAACGAAAAAGGAGGCUAUCACUGAAGGAUCCAGUGCACUGCACGUCACUGAGGGACUAUGUCAUAUUGCAGUUCACCGAGUUUGAGCGCGUUCACGGCACCUCCACCUUCACCAAACUUAUGGAAUCCAUCGACCUGGAGGUCCGGCAACAGCUGGAGAGAUUCUUCAAGUAAAUCGGCAGACAAUUCAGUACGUGUGUGAUUGAUCGUGGACCGGAUAUGUUUUUUUUUAAUCCAAACAUUAAACAUGGAGGACCAGAUCAGACUGUAAAGGAUUGUUAAAUGAGUGAUUGGAUUUGAUCCGAGUUACACUACCAAGGAUGUUGUUUAUCGGAGCGCCAGUAAGUGUCGAUCUUCAACAGGGUCUACAAGUGUUUCUUGUCAGCUAGAGGAAUCGUAACUGUGGAUCGCCGAGUGAUAAACUCUGCGGUUUGUAAUUGCACUUUUAUUCUCUGGCCAGUGUUUUUGACCAACGUUCAGUGGUCAACUUUGUGAGAAAUGAAUCAAGAGAUGGAGAGAUGGCACCAGGGAUGUUGGAAAUUCUAGUGGAACACCAGAAGAAUUGUGGUCUAGAAUCAUGCUGUCGCUGUGCCUGUCCAGCUGAGGGACUGUACAGUAGGGCUGUGCUGAAAA